CGUCAUAAUAAAAGAAACAUCACUUGAUACAAAAUAAUUUAAAAAUGACAAUUUACAAUUUAUAUAUUUUCGAUCGAAAUGGUACAAUAUUAUUUUAUAAAGAAUGGAAUCGAACCAAACAAUCUGGAAUGUCUAUCGAAGAGGAAGCAAAAUUAAUGUAUGGAAUGUUAUUUUCCAUAAAAAGUUUUGUCAGUAAAAUAUCACCGUAUGAUUCGAAAGAGGGAUUUCUUUAUUAUAAAACGAGUAAAUAUGCAUUAAAUUUCUUAGAAACACCAUCAGGUUUAAAAUUUGUUAUGAAUACGGACACGACAGCAACACGAGAUGCUAGAGAAUUGUUACAAGAAAUUUAUUCGAAGGUUUACGUCGAAUAUAUUGUUAAGAAUCCCGUUUGUCAAUUAAACGCUCCAAUAACUAGUGAUUUAUUUCGAGUUAAAUUAGAUGAACUAAUUAAAAAAACUUCUAUAUAUAAUACAAAACAUUUAUAAAUUUAAUAAAUUAUUUA